UGACAAAGUAUUUCGGUGUAACUUCCCCAUAGCAGAAUGACGCGAUGGGCUUGACCCAAGGAGUUUGAGCUUCUGUGAAGUAUCGACUCGGAUCAAAGAAGGUUUUGUUUGAUUUUAGUAUCUGUAUGGCGGUAAUGAUGUCCUGUCGUAAAUACAUCGCGCCUCUAGUGUUCUGUGCCCAGGUGGCCAGCUCGUUUUUUGACACUGCUCUCCAAAUGGUGGUUAAAGAACGAUGCGCAAACCCCGACAGAGACGCCGAGCAGAAAGCCAUCACAAACUUCAACAUGACCUUCAACAUGGUGCUCAAAUUCAUGCCAAUUGUGCCAGCGAUCCUUCUGGCAAAGGUUGGAGACAGAGGUUACAGGAAGGUGCCAAUAGUGGUUCCUCUGGUUGGAUAUUUCCUGUCCAGAGGUCUGCUCUUGCUGGAUAUCGUGCUGAACUGGCCUCUCCAGGUGCUGUACGCGGUGCCGGUGAUCCACGGACUGUGCGGGGGCUUCGCGUCUUACUGGGCGGGAGUGAUGGCGCUGGUGUCGGUGUGCUCCGGUGAGGACGAGCGCUCCGUGCGCAUCAUGAGGACCGAGCUGGUGUACGGAAUCGCCGGGUUCAUUGGUAGUUUGGCUUCUGGUCACUUAUUUAACCUCUAUACCGUAGAUAUCAAACAAGGAGCAAUUUUAUCUAGUUUCAGCGUGCUACUCUAUUUUCUGUGCCUGCUCCAUGCCGCAUUUUUCCUGAAAGUCGAUCUUUUCUCCGAGCUUGGAGAGAGGCAGGAGCGAGAGGAAAGUGUUGGGAUCAUAAACCACGAAGCCCGGGAUAAAAUUAACAUCGCUUUGCUCUUCGUCAGUGGGAUAUUGUAUGAUAUAGCAGUGGCUGGAGGAAUGGAGAUGUUGGGAGCGUAUGUGCUCAAAGACCCCCUCAGCUGGGGCGCAACCGAGGUGGGCUACGGAAACGCGGCGGGAUCUCUUCUCUUCAUCACCAGUUUUGUAGGUGUGAAGAUGUUCACAAGAUGCUCUGUUAGAGAUGAGAGCAUGGUCAUGAUCGGGAUGGUGUCUUUCGCAACUGGGAUUUAUUUCAUGGCUUUUGUGACCACAACUCCGAUGUACUUUUUGGCUCGUUCUGUCACUCUGUUUGCUCUGAUUCCAAUGCCCACCAUUCGCUCGCUGCUGUCCAAACAGGUCAAGGGAACCUCGUAUGGCAUUACCUUUGUCAUGCUCCAGUUGUCCUUCAAACUUGCAAGCUUGGUCACCACACCCAUCUACACAGUUAUCUAUCAGACCACACUUGACACAUUCCCAGGGUUUGUCUUCACACUGUCCAGCAUUUUCACCGUUCUUUCUAUGAUACCCAUUAGCAUUGUAGGAUGCCGCUCUGCAAGACAUGGAUAUGAGAGAAUUCAAGGGAACUGACAGCAUCAGCCACACCAAAGGAGACACAAAGUGUCACAAAUGGACUCGUUACUGAAAUAUGUUUCCUUGAUAAAGGAUUUAAAGGUUAACACUGGAGUUACAAUUUAAGAUAUUAUAUCUUUCAGCUGACUAGAAGUCAGCUUGAAUGAAUAAUAUUAUUAGAUAGUGUUAACUACUGGAAUAGAUAAUAUUCAUGAUGCACUGUGGUUAAACUUAGCAUUAUUGGUAAUGCAGUCUGUGUAGCAUCAUAUUUGACAAGGUUUUUACACGUCUUUGUAAAAAAUGCUGACAAUCUUUAGAUUUUAGAUAUUUUGAUAGCAGCUUACAAUUGGUACCAUUAAUUGACUACAAUACUAAAUAUGAACUAAAAAUAGAGAAAACGUUGAAAGUACAGUAUAAUAAUCUUAAUGUUAAUUUCAACAUUAGUACGAUCAAAAGUUGUAUCUGUUAAUAUUAUUUAAUGGACCUGAACUGACAAAGAUCAGUUUUAUUUUUAUUAACCAGCAGACACAAAAACUUUAAUAUAUGUAUUGUUCAUUUUAGUUAACGAAUUAACUAAUGUUAACUAAUGGAAUCUUCUCAUAAAAAUGUUAGCAAUAUUUCUUUAUGCACUGUCUAUUUGAAAUGGAUGACAUCUUUUAUCAAUUUUUUAUUGUACAGAUUUAGCAAUAAAUCAAGUUAUUUGUACAUCUGGUGUAUUCAUAUUA